GGGAAGUCCUCCCUCUUAGAACUGAUCAAUCCUGACCAUCUUUCCACUUGUCCUACUCGCAAACAGAAAUUGAAAGGUUUCGAAUUUUCAGCAAAAUAGAAUCGAUGAUUUUCUCAAUAGUUCUAGUUUACAUCAUAUCGAAUGGUUUUGGAGUUGAAGCGGUAGAAUUUAAUACAAAUUAUGGACUUGUCGUCAGACAAUUUCCAGCUGGGGAAAACGUCGUUCUUAGGUGCGACAGUGUUGAUGAAAAGCACAAUUUCCACUAUUGGUAUCAUGUGAAUACUGACGACAUUAUCGGACCUUAUCAGGGGAAUUUUAACAGACUCAAGUAUGGAUACGAAGUGCUUUCAGGAAACCUUACCAUAAGGAAUAUAAAUAAGCAUGACGCAGGAUUAUACAACUGCGUUUCCAGAGGCGUUAGAUCUGAUUCGACAAAAAUAGCAUCCAUCGGAGUCAGUGUUGUAGAAGACAUAAGGGAUACCAAGGGAGAAGUUAACUCAUUGAAAAUAAUUCUAGCGAUUUGCAGUCUUAUUUUGUUUUUCUCUUUCCUUUAUGCAGCCUAUAGUUUAUGGAGAGAUAGAUACAAACAUCCGAGAUAUUUAGAGCAAUUUGACGACGAUGAAGAUAUCGAGGAUAAUGGAGAAGAAAUUUACAGGGCUCCAAGUACUUCAGGUAUAAUCAAACCAAGUAUUGUUAAAGAAACAACAAUAAAAGAGAAGGAUUUUGAGAGACCGCUUAUAAGCACAGACUUUGAAUCUAUUCUCGAUUCCAGGAUAUGAUUAAAAAAGAUCUCGCAUUCUUCCCAUAUUUUUUCCAGACUAAACUGAAAGUUUAAAGCUCUAAUUUCAGAAACUACUAGUCUUAUUUGAACAAUUUUUUGAGUUGAAUAGCCCGUUUAUUGGGAACAGUUGUAACAUAUGUGGAAUUGUAUUACAAACAUUGUAUUGGUACAGAUUUUAUAAGAAAUAAAUUGUCCA